AAUCCAGCCACUCAGCCCAAGCCUGGGAGAGCCACCGGUGUUGCAAAGGGGAAGGGGAAAAAAAAGGAGAGAGAGAGAGAGGAAAACAACGUGAUCCGUGUUAAACAAAAGAAUUUGCGGACUUUGAGGCGGGAGGGCGACUACCUGCCGAAAGGGAAACUUUGCUGAUAUUCGUGCAUAUGUAUAAACUUAGCCCUGCCUUUGAUGUUCUCCAACUGAUCACGGAUCAGAUUACGGCAUUUCAUCUCCCUGCUCGUCUGCCUUUGAUCUGCAUGGUUAAUUUUAUUUUCCUGGAUUUGAAGUUUCGUCUGGGCUUGUGCUGACAUACAUUUUUGGGAAGGGAGAAGCAUUUGGCACAGAAAUGCUGCCAAGGAGAAACUAAGUUGCCGAAAGGGUGAGCCCUGGAAACAGUUCAGCACGUUGCAGAAAACUCUUCAACAAUAAAGAGCCAUGGCUUUAAAAGUGCUCCUGGGACCAGAGAAAGCAUUUUGCACCAUUGUGGUUUUACUGGCCUAUUUGGUGCGUGAAGUGAUUUGUGAAACAGGAGACUGCAGACAGCAGGAGUACCGGGAUGGUUCUGGAAACUGCGUCCUCUGCAAGCAGUGCGGGCCCGGCAUGGAGUUGUCCAAGGAAUGUGGCUUUGGCUACGGGGAGGAUGCCCAGUGCGCGACGUGCCGGCCGCACAGGUUCAAGGAGGACUGGGGCUUUCAGAAAUGCAAGCCGUGCCUGGAGUGCGCGGCGGUGAACCGCUUCCAGAAGGCUAACUGCUCCGCCACCAGCGACGCCGUCUGCGGGGACUGCCUGCCAGGAUUUUAUAGGAAGACAAAACUCGUCGGUUUUCAGGACAUGGAGUGUGUACCUUGCGGAGACCCUCCUCCUCCUUAUGAGCCGCACUGUACCAGUAAGGUCAACCUCGUGAAGAUCCCAUCCACGGCCUCCAGCCCGCGGGACACAGCCCUGGCGGCCGUCAUCUGCAGCGCCCUCGCCACUGUCCUUCUGGCCCUGCUCAUCCUCUGCGUCAUCUACUGCAAGAGGCAGUUCGUGGAGAAAAAACCCAGCUGGUCUCUGAGAGCACAGGACAUUCAGUACAACGGUUCUGAACUGUCAUGUUUUGACAGACCUCAGCUCAGCGGAUCUGCUCCCAGAGCAUGUUGUCCGUGUCACCGGGACUCGGCCCAGACCUGCGGGCCGGUCCACCUGAUUCCGUCCCUGUGCUGUGACCAGGCCUGCAGCAUCGACCGGGUGACCCUCGGUUGUAGAGUUCAUUCCAAGACCGCUCUUCAGGACAGACACGCAGGUCCAGUGGGGGAGACCAUGCCCACGUUCUUCGGGUCCCUUUCAAGGUCCGUCUGUGGGGAGUUUUCAGAUGCCUGGCCUCUGAUGCAAAACCCCAUCUGUGGUGACGACCUCUCCUUUUGUGACUCUUACCCUGAACUCACCAGUGAAGACAUUCGUCCCCUCGACCCUGAAGACCAAAGCUCAUCCUCCUCGGAUUCAAACGGCAGUCGGGAUUUGGUCGGUGGGGCUGUACCCAUUCAAGGUUGUUCUGGAAACUCGACAGGAGCCCCUGAUCUCUCUGGACCGAACGCCUCCCCGACAGAACCAGCGCCCACUCAGGACGCACCAAGUGCCACAAGCCAGCUGCGUCGGGAGGGUGGCGACAUCAGCGGCCUGAGCCCUCAGACGUCCCUCCAGUAGAAGAAUAUGGAUGGGACCCAGCAGGCACUUAACUCCUCCGCUUGGGCUUAUGGGCUGAGCACAGUCUGGACCUCGCAUGGCUUCUGGGGGGAAAGAAAAUAAAUCUGUACCAAACCGAUGGCAUUUUAAGCCUUUCAACCAGUUGCUUCUGAGCCAGACCAGCUGUAAGCUGAAACGUCAAGGAAUAACAAGAAAAGACUCCAGGCAUUCAUGAUACCCUGCAUCUUUCCUAAACAAGAAGCUCGUACGCCACAAGCGUGACUUCAAAGACUGAUGGGUUGGGUUUGCAGCCUACGAGAUUAUGAGCAUAUAACAAGAAACAGAAGUGCAUUCGUGUGUAUUUUCAUGGCGAGUGUGGUUCUCACCAGACUGAAGACCCAGGGUAUAGGUUUUCAUUGACAUUUUCUUUCCAGAAAUAAUUUCACAUAGCUGAUUAUCCCCUUAAAAGUCAACGUCAGAAGAGUUUCCUUACUUUUUAUGUCAAAGGGUUCAAAACUGAACGUUUCUAUUUGACGAAGCUCACGUUUUCAUCAUCUGAUUGGCUUAGGAGGCGAGAAUCGACCCCACACUGCCUGCCUAAAUCGUGGGUUUGUUAGGUGAAGUUAACUGGCCUGACUAGGAAUGGGAGGAGAGCACGUCUCUUCUGGAAUCGACACUUGUAAACCUCAGCCACUGGUCCCGGGAACCCUGCUGGACCCCGUGACAUGAGGGGCCCAGGCUGGGAAAGUGGUGGGGGAGAAAGCCGCCCGCCACCCUGCCCUAAAAACCACUUACCACACACACCCUAGAAACCUAUAUACACUGAUGAACGCAUUUCUGUGAAAAUCAGUUGAUCAUGAAGCAUGUGUUCCUUCUGUCCCUGUGACUGGGCUUGGGAGACCCGGAAGUUGUCCUGUAUAGAAAAGUGGUAUUUAUAAAGAUAAUGGUUCUUUUUUUCCCUUCUCACCCUCCACCCCCAACGUCCUGCCUCUGACAACCACCAGUCUGUUCUCUGUACCUGUGAGUUUGGUUUUGGUUUUUGUUUGUUUGUUUUGCAUCGUAUCUUACACUAAGGGCUUUAGAAAUACACCAUACCCGGCUCCCCUGCUACUAAGAUGUACCACCAAGCAUGUAGUCUUAUGAGACUGCACUACAUAUUAGGACAAAAAGAAAAUGCACAAUCUGUAGACAGCAUGUAGGCAAACAGUUCAUAACUGCCCUCAGGUCGUCCCGCCAAGUACCACAGGGUUCCCUCCGACCAUGUACAGUUCGUGUGCACCGUGGUCUCCUCUCUUAGCCAGUGAUGCCGCAUUUAAGUGCUUCAUUCCAGCGCCCCAUGCCUUACCCACUUGGUAGGUACACACCAGAAUUAUGUCUACAGCUCAGACAGAAAUGAACCCAGUUCAGUCAUGACCAGGGGAUGGCUCAUUUGCUCUUAAUCUUUAUGCCCUGGAGAGGAAUUACUAGGGUAGGAUUUAUUUGUUUCCUACUUGAACCUACAUGAUCAGAUCUGACCUUUGUCUUUUCACUGAUUACUGUUGGCUCUGUCACACUUGGACUUAGAAAUGGAACAUCGUUGCGUGUGAGUGCGCUAACAUUCUUUGUUUCACAGUUGCCCCACCCAAAUCAGUGUCUUUUACCUAACAUUGAAACCGAACUUAAAAAACAAAACAAAACUGUCUUUCUCAGGACCUUGUUAUUUAUUAAAACCAUGCUUUCCGCUCUUUGCAAGAUAUUAGGGGAAUCUGCUGAGCCCUUGUCCUUGUGGCUGGGCCAGCGUUCUAAUGUGUGGAUUCUCGUGACCUCGGUUUCUUUAUCCAAAAGAGGAAAUUGGAGUAUUCUCAGGGUAACCCAUAGUCUCCUGUGUCUGUUUAAUACCCAGUCAUAAAUGAUUGGCUUUUCUUCUUUUCCUUUUUUUUUUUUUUUAGCAUUACCCGAUAGUUUUUCAAGUGUGAUAACUCACCAGCUCUUAUGAGAGCUGCCUUUAGGAAAGUCAUGUAAAAGGUUUAGGAUUUGACCACAAGAUGUCCGUGCAAAUGCACACUAGGGUUUCCUUGAGUGGCUUCCCUGUAACUCACAUAUGGGUGCCAUUGUUUGCAAUCCAGUCGUUUUGUUUUGACAGGGGGAUGAUCAAAGUAGGUCAGGGCUGUGCUCCUUCUGGUGACCUGAAUAUAGUUUCCACAUGUAGAAACCCUCCUCAACUUCAAAGAGAGAUAGUUGCUGGAGAGAAGCCUGGAUCGAUGGGAACGGGACUGUGGCCCCCACACCCUGACACAUCACUUGAUCAGUAGAGAAAUGCUUAGGGUUGAAAGACAAUUUCAUGUGAUGCUGCAUUUGAAAAAAAAAUCCAGGGUUAUUUUAUCAGGAUGAAGACCGCUUAUCACCAUGGACUACGGAAACACACGAUAAUGUAUACUUUGGGUAAAACACUUGAGAGGAAAAUCCCAUCUGUGUUUCCCACAGGCGGAAUACCCCUGCAGCACCCACACGGACUGUACCUUCUGGGGUGCGGGUGCUGGGACAUCUUUACUGGGUAUUAAGAAAGCUGGGAGAGAGAUUGGUAUGACUUCUAACAUCGCAGAAACCCACCAACAAGAAUGAGAUGAGGAUUUGGGGACUGACCAUGUAAAGGCAUGGGUUUUCUCAUUUUGUGUAUAUGGAAUAUACUUUUCCAGUAUAGAUUUUUCUACUCUAGAUAAAGUGGUCCUGUUGUUGUUACCUAGUUGAGCUCUAUUGCCUGUGCUAGUAAAAAAAAAAAAAAAAAAAGAAAAAGAAAAAAGAAAAAAAGAAACGAAAAAGGAAAACAGCCCCUCAUUGCUUGAAGGUUGCCAGCUUGAAUCAGUUUAGAUUUCAUCAUUACUGUUUUGCAUACUGGAAUUUAUAGAUUUGUAAAUUUUCAUUUUCUGACAUGAAUAGUUUUGUAAUGGCCUUUUUUAUAUGUGAAUAAAAUUGUUAUCUGGUGUUCA